AUGCCUGUGUGCUUUCGACGAUCUCGACGAGGCGCUCUAAUAGCCCUUGUACUAUUUGUGUUUGCAGUACACGACCUGCUGUACCGUCUCGAUUCGAGAGCUCCGGAGCCCCCAGCUGCAGCCGCGAACAUUCCUCUGGGGCGGGUCUUUAUUGCCAGUAACCACUGGAACUCGGCUAAAAUUCUAAAGUCCCAUUGGUCUAAUUCGGUUCUGGAGCUUAUAGCAAAGAUCGGCCCCGAGAAUGUUUACUUUUCGUUGUACGAGAGUGGGAGUUGGGAUGACACAAAGGGGGAGCUUCGGCAGCUCGAUAGUCGACUUGAGGAAUUAGGGGUUGCGAGAACUAUCAUAAUGGAUGAGACCACACAUUCCGACGAGAUAAGCAAGCCCCCCGAGGAUGAAUGGUGGAUAGAGACGAAGAGCGGGAAAAAAGAGCUGCGCAGAAUACCGUAUCUUGCUAGGCUGAGAAAUAUUGUGCUGGAACCACUGCUGUCGCCGGAGGUGGCGAAUGCCACCCACUCCUUUGACAGGAUAUUAUUUCUAAACGAUGUUAUUUUCACGCCAGAUGAUGCCAUCAAACUGAUGCAAACGCGCUCUGGUGAUUAUGCUGCUGCAUGUGCACUAGAUUUCGCUGUUCCCCAUAAGUUCUAUGACACUUUUGCUUUACGAGACUCGACGGGUCGUCCCGCAGCUAGCUUGGAGUACCCAUAUUUUGGUGCUGGGAGGUCACGUCAAUCCUUACUUCGAGGAGAGCCAGUACUUGUGAGAUCGUGCUGGAAUGGAAUGGUGUCUUUUGAUGCCAAGCCCUUUAUUGCAAAACAGCCUCUCCGCUUCCGUGGGAUACCGGAUAGCCUUGCGUUACACCAUCUCGAAGGUAGCGAGUGUUGUCUCAUUCAUUAUGAUAAUCCUCUGUCUUCUAGCCGUGGUAUAUACCUCAAUCCACAGGUCAGAGUAGGGUACAAGGAGCCCGCCUACCUAUCAGCCAAAUCGUGGCCGUCAAUACGAGAUACAAUUCCGGGAAUGUUCAUACGGGCAACAACGUGGAUUAUAGAUCUACCAUGGAAAGAUAGAAAAGUUGAUGCACGGCUAAAAAAAUGGGGAGGUAAGGAGGUUGGGAGAGACUGUUUGAUCGACGAGAUGCAGAUACUUGCAGAUAACGGUUGGAAGCAUAUGUAA